CUCAGCAUUCAUCUUUCUCACCUUUUCUUACCCAUUUUCCUGGAAAAUACCUGAAACCUUCCGGGAAAAUAUAAGUAGGAUUCCGACCGUCGUGAACGACCAAGACCGUGUCUCACCAGAUGUGGUCCCACAACAACAAUUUUCCUGCGAAGGGGUUCUCGACGCCUCCGCCGACCUGGAAGUCAAAGGCGUCGUUCUCUCCGGCGGCGCCGGUGUCGGAGAAGACGCGAUCGAUGGCAAAUAAAGAUGAUCUUUUCCAUGUGGUGCAUAAAGUCCCCGCUGGUGAUUCGCCGUACGUCAGGGCCAAACAGGUUCAGUUGAUAGACAAGGAUCCAAACAGGGCCAUCUCCCUGUUCUGGGCAGCAAUAAAUUCCGGGGACCGAGUUGAUAGUGCCUUGAAAGACAUGGCAGUUGUGAUGAAACAACUUAAUCGUUCUGACGAGGCAAUAGAAGCAAUUAAAUCCUUUCGCCACCUCUGCCCCCAAGAAUCUCAGGAAUCUCUUGACAACGUACUGGUUGAACUAUACAAGAGGUCUGGUAGGUUAGAUGAGCAGAUUGAAAUGCUUCAAUACAAAUUGAAAAACAUUGAUGAAGGCUCAGCUUUUGGUGGGAAAAGGACAAAGAUAGCAAGAUCUCAAGGGAAGAAGAUUCAAAUUAGUAUUGAGCAAGAGAAAUCAAGGUUACUAGGCAAUUUAGCCUGGGCUUACUUGCAGCAAGGUAAUUAUAAAACUGCUGGAGAACUUUAUAAGCAAGCACUAGCUCUGGAUCCAGAUAGGAAUAAGGAAUGCAAUCUAGCAAUCUGCUUGAUGUACAUGAACAAAAUAAAAGAAGCUAAAGCAAUGCUUUAUGCCAUACAAGUUUCAUCUCAAAAUGGAAGGAUGGUUGAUUCCUAUGUCAAGUCUUUUGAACGUGCUUCUCAGAUACUAACUGAACUAGAGGCAAAUUCAGUCAUUGACCCAAAUGAACAGGAAGGUCAUGAGGAAAUGAGAAGGCAUUUGAGAUCUCUGGUUUCUAGAAACUCGAUAGAAGUUAAUAGCUGUAUUAAUGAGGAGAACGACCAUCUUUCUGGCUUGGUUGCCUCUAGAAGGCGGGCAGGAAGACAACAAGAAGAAACCAUGCUCUUGGAGAAACCAAAUAGAAGACCUUAUUGUCAAAACCAGUUUGAGAAUAAGGAUAAUUUCUCUCAACCUGACGAAGAAAGUUCAAAAUGCAUGAGUCUUGGAUUAAGCAGUGCACAGUCUCCACAGAAUCUGUAUGCUGAUAAAUGGAAAAAGGGAGCUCAGCUUGAAAACCCAUUUGAGAAGUCUGAUUUUUCCAGUAGAAGGAAGGGAAAUUGGGUGAGUGCAACCGAUAAAGUAGGAUCUGUACAACGAAGGACUUAUGGUUCUCCACUUCCAGUUAGAGGAAAUUCAAAAUUCCCAUCCACUGAACAGAGAAGAGGUCCAUGCUUGCUCAGUAAGGCAGAUCAGAGAAAGAGUACCUGGGGAGAGAACACAGCAGACAGCCCAGGUCGUAAGCUAUCAUUUGAGGACCCCAUAGCCAAGGAAGCAGGAGCAAUGGCACCCCAAAAUCCUGAUGGACGCCUACAAGCUUCCAGUAAUGCAAAGUUGAAAAUCGCAUUGCAAACAUCAGAAAAGAGUUUACCAUCUCCUGGGGGGUCAUGGGGAGGUAUUACUCGAGUGGAAAGUGAAGUAGUGACUGAACCCAUCUCCUAUUCUACCCUCAAUGGAUACUGGAAAUGGAAUUCUUGGGGGAGUGAUGAGUACUCCCAACUGAAAAAUGAAGCAGUUAUAGAAUCGAAAUCACAACCUGUUGCAAAUGGAAACAGGGAAAGGAAUUAUUGGGGAAAUGUUGAACUGAAGAAAUUCCAAAUGAAUGACAAUAACUCGAGUCCCAGUAUGCAGCAGAUUUCACCAAUAGCUAGGGCAGCAACACCAAUAACUUUCAAUGAUGGCCAACCUGUUGCGGAUGGAGACAAGCAAAGGAAUUACUGGGAAAAUGUUGAGCAGAAGAAAUUUCCAGUGAAAGAAAGCAAUUUGAGUCCCAGUAUGCAGUCGAGAUCACCAGCAGCUUUCAGUAAAGCAGUAGCACCUGCAAGCUUCAAUGAUGGGCAACCUACUGCAGAUGGAGACAGUAAAAGGUAUUAUUGGGAAAAUGGUGAGAAGAACAAUUUUGCGAUGAAAGGAAGUAAUUCAAGUCCCAGUAUGCAGUUGAAAUCACCAACAGCUCUUGAUAAAGCAAUAGCACCAGCAACUAUCACUGAUGGAGAAUGUUGGGAACAGAGCUCUGAUAUCCAUGUCAUGAGGGAUAUGAGAUUGAGAUAUAGUUUUGAUGGCAAAUGUUUUAGAGAGAACUCUGGAAAACUGAUGAGCCUCCAACAAGUUGAGGGAAAUCCACAGCUGCCAAUCCAGGAUUCCUCUACAAGUAAAAACAAAAUGAGCUGGGCAGAUAUGGUUGAAGAAGAAGAGCAAGAAUUACUAGUUGGAAGAACUGUCUUCCUGGAAAGUAAGUUGGAUUACUGCUAUCAGAAACCCUCGUUUUCUUUCCAAACUCCAAACAAGUGGUAUGAUGGUUGGAGCCAUGGAGAAGAUUUUAAUGAUGAAAAUCUCAAUUCCAACAUAUUCCAUCAGACUCCUCCUUCAGUGCACGAGAUAGAUAAUGUAAGCUACAAGCUGGAAGCUUUUGAUCUAAAGGAUGGAUACAAUACACCUGGAAGUGAUGUUUCAUCAAGGAAUAAUCCAACUGCACGGCGUUCUUUGUGUUUUGACCAGCAGCAGAAACCAGACCCUGCAGAGCACUGCCGUCCAUCACCAUUGCCAAAGAAGGCCUUGAACUUUGAAGGCUAUAAAUUUGUUCCAGCAAAUGAUACCAUGUCUACUUCUGGAAGCACCAUAAGACCAAAAAGAAGGAACAGGCUGCAGGUUUUCCGGGACAUAACUCUUCAUACUGAAAGUCCACGAACAUGACUUAAAUGUUGUUUCGAAGAAAGAAUCAAAGCAGGUCUUUACUGAGGCGGCAGGGUUUGAUAAUGGGGUCUGUGUUCUAGUUUUAGUUUGAUAUGAGGUCUUUGUUUGAUCCAUUUUCCUUUUUCCAUGUUACAUGAUCAAUGUGUUAUUUUUUGCAUGAAGUUCAGUAUAUCUGCUCUACAUUUAUAUAGAUACUGUAAAAAAAGUUUGCGAACACCCAGAUGUGGCCUUCUGAUUUUUCA